UAUACAAAUGCAAGUCUUCACCCUCGUGCGGAGAUCUAGCGAGCGCUAGGACCGGGCGGGCGCUGCCAGAGAGACAGAGAGGACCGCCCCGAGUUUGAGGGGAGUGGGCACUGCGGCGGCGGAGAGGAGAGGGGAGGGGACGAGACGAGAGGAGAGGAUGGGGAAGGGCAGCCGGCGUUUGGCGCUGUGCCCCUGCGGCGAGCGAGACGGUUUAGCACUGUGAGAGCCGGAACGGAGACAGGGAAUCUGCGACAGCUCCAGCACACACACACACACACAACCUAGCCAUGAAACAGGGGCUCCUGGAUAACAUGAGGAUGAGCAGAAAAUGCCGCAUGGUGCUCGCUACUUGCCUGGGAUCACUUGUUCUGGUCAUCUUUUAUUUCCAAAGUAUGUUACAUCCAGUGAUGCGCCGGACACCAUUUGGGAUGGACGUCUGCUGCAGGAAAGGAUCGAGGAGCCCUCUGCAGGAACUCUACAACCCGACCCAGUAUGAAUUCUCGAGCACGGAAGUCGCGCAUCAGAUAAGGAGAAACCAGGUUGCCCAGACGUGUCGAGCGAACAAUGCCAGGAGUCGCAAACGGCGGGUUUUAACCCCCAAUGACCUCAAACAUCUGGUGGUAGAUGAAGACCACAAGUUGAUCUACUGCUAUGUGCCCAAGGUGGCGUGUACAAACUGGAAGAGGGUAAUGAUGGUUCUCACAGGACGGGGCAAGUACAGCGACCCAAUGGAGAUCCCGGCCAACGAGGCUCAUAUCCCGUCAAACCUGAAGACCCUCAAUCAGUACAGCAUCUCAGAGAUCAACCACCGGUUAAAAAACUACCUGAAGUUCAUGUUCGUGCGCGAGCCCUUUGAGCGGCUGGUGUCGGCUUACAGGAACAAGUUCACCAGAAGGUACAACACGUCCUUCCACAAGCGCUACGGCACCAAGAUCGUCCGACGCCAGCGGAAGAACGCGACCCGGGAGGCCCUGCGCAGUGGCGACGACGUGAAAUUCGAGGAGUUCGUGGGCUACCUCAUCAACCCCCACACGCAGAGGGAGGAGCCCUUCAACGAACACUGGGAGACAGUGUACUCUCUCUGCCACCCCUGUCACAUCCACUACGACCUCAUAGGGAAAUAUGAAAGCCUGCAGGAGGACGCAAACUAUAUUCUGCGCCUGGCUGGAGUGGACAACUUGGUCAAAUUUCCCACCUACGCCAAAUCCACCAGAACUACGGAUGAAAUGACGGCCCAGUUUUUCCAGAACAUCAGCUCAGCCUUCCAAACACAGUUGUUUGGCCUCUACAAGUUAGAUUUUGUAAUGUUCAAUUAUUCUGUGCCAAACUACCUGAAGUUGGCAUGAGCGUGCUCACCAGUUUAUUUAAGAUUUUAUUUGUUAUUAUAAUGGCAUAAAAAACAGAUUUUCUUCUUGUAAAUUUAAUGAAGAUCUGCUAACUUGCUGCGAGCAGCAAGAAUCGGAAUUAUUUAAGUAACUUUGUAAGAAAGGAUCUCUCUCUCUCUCUCUCUCUCUCUCUCACCCCCCCCCCCCCCCCCACCCCCCAACCUCGCUCUCUCUCUCUUGGCAGAAUUGGCCAUCUAGUUUGAAGAAGUGCUUUGCUGUGCUGAUUGGAGCCACUGGAUCAUUUAUGUAAGAUAAGAGGCUCUAUAAUACUUGACGGGAGUGUUUUGCUUGCAAAGGAUUCCCCAAACUCAAGGUUAGGUGAGGAACACUGAUAAUAUCUCACCCUUAAUGUGUGCAAACACUCUCUGGGGACAAGACUGUGACAAAUGGCUUGUGAACUGCAAGAGAUCCUGUUUCACAUUUGCUGUAUCCUUUAACAAUCAGCAUUUCAGCAAUUAGUUUCGAGUGUUUUUGGUGAUUUUAAACCGCAAUUAUGGUUAAUUUUUCUUUUAGGAAAGCUAACAUGAAGCCUCUGUCAUCUGAUGCCAAGUUUCAGAUUAAUAACAGAUUGGUUACUGGGUUACUUACAGCUCCUUGUGUUAUCCUCUAGAACACACAAAAAUUCCUCGAGAUGGCUUCAAUGUCCUUUAAGUGGCUUCACCUGCCCGCUAAGCUUGUGGGAGAACAUUGGACAAGAGGGCUUGUCCUUCCUAUGUGACUGCAGGCCACAUCCAGCAGCAUCUACUCAAUAAUCUGGUCUCCUAGCUCCUGCCUAACCCCUGGUUCUUGCUGUAGGGUUUUUGCCUAUAUGAAGAACCAGGGUCCAUAAAAAUCAAAAUAAAAACUGCAGAUGCUGGAAAUCUAAAAUAAAACAGAAAAUUCUGGAAACUCCCAGAUCAGGUGGGUCUGUGAAAGAGAAAUAGAACCAGAAGGGUCUUCGACUGGAACGUUACCUCUGCUUCUCUCCACCCAGAUGCUGCCUAACCUGCUGUGUGUUUCCAGUAUUUUCUGUUUUAACAAUAAGGUUGCUAUUGUUCCCACUAAAUCCACACAAAGCACCACAACCCUGCGAAUUCUCCAAGGGUAUCAACCAAUGUCCAGUCCCAUGUACAUUAUUAAAUUCAACUGCUGUUUGAAAGUCAACUGUUGAGAUGUAUUUUAAACUUAAAAUUAUCUUUUUAAGCUGUGAAGCACAAUUUUCAAGCAUUACUCUGAGUACAAGAUACUCCCAAGUAUUAAAAUAUCUCAUUUUCUUCACUGGUGAAGAUAAAUCACAGUCCUACAACUCGGUGUUACUGACUUCCUGAGCUCGGAGGAUAAUGAUCAUAAAGAUAUAUCCAAUCAGAUUAAAUUCUCAAGGUACGCAACUGGCCCAACAAAGGAUAUUCAUGUUUGAAUCAUAAUACUGACAUGUUUUUUUAUUCUUCGGAUAUCGCAGGAAAGGCCAGCACUUAAUGCCCAUUCCUUACUACCCUAAAGGAGUGGGGAGAUUUCUCUUGCAUUGCUGCCAUCUACACACUGUUGCCACCGCGCUUUUGGGUAGAAUGUUCCGGAUUUUGACCCAACCUUGAAAAUGUGAGCCCAGGAAAGGACAGGACGGACGCAGCUCCAAGAUGUGAGGUUCUCCCUGGAAUUGGAUCACUUGUGGAAGCUUGGGAAUCAAGGACUCUACACUCCAGCUGCGGAGUUUCCACAGCGAUCUCCCUCGACGACCUCAGCACGGAUACUUGGUGGAUAGUUGGCGGAUACUCUGGGUUUCUUCGCUGAACUCUUGUUGUGACAGAAGUGGAACCUGGAGUGAUGACUCUGGGAUCCAAUGUAUGAACUGCAACAGAGUGCAGCCUCCCUCUCAGUGAAUGAGACACACUCAGAAAAACAUCAGACUGCGUGACAGACUCCAUGCUGGUCAUUCUCUUCCUGUCAAAGAUUGACCCACCUGGGUGGAAUUUCUGGGUGUCUCCCACUGCCUUGCCAUUGGGAAUGUGUUGGGAAAGGAUCUUUCUGCUGACCUCUAACCAAAACCAGAGGAGGAGAGAACUACCUACCCUCACCCCAACCCAUCGCAUCCACACACACUCACGCACGCACGCACGCACGCACGCACGCACACACACACACACACACACACACACACACACACACACAGAAGCUCCGGGUGGUAUUGGCACCCAUAAGAAAUC